GCUAAGGCGGCCGAGGCGGCUAGGCGUGCCGCGGCCGAUGGGGGCGGGGCUAGUACUGGUGCGGCCCCAAAGCCUGCUCCAUCGAAGAAGAAAAGGCCGGCCACUGACGGCCAGAAAAAGUUAACUGAGGCCGGCCUGAGCGCCUCGAAGAAGACGAAGAGGGCUCCUUCCCCUUCUCCGGCUACUGAGGCCGGUACUCUGGCUGUCCCCAGCGUGGACGAUAGUGGUCCUGUCGUGGACCUUACUGCUGCUGGUGAUGCUGCUCCAUCACUGCCUCUCGUCCAGGAGCCACGGACGAAGAGGGCCGGCAAAGAGAUUGCAGGUGCCACCUACCAGAAGAUGGUAGAAUACCCCGUCGGCGGGGGUGUCUUCGAUGACGUCGUUCUUGGCCACGACGUCCUGGCGCAGGCCAUGCCGGCCAAGGAUCGGGCUUACCUGAGGAAGCUCGGGGACGUGAAUAUCUACGAGGGCGGCAUGGACCUCCUCGUCCAAAGUGCCUUUAUGCUCAUGGAGAGCCAUAAGAGGCAAUACCGGGAGAUAGCUCGCUUGAAAGAGCUGGAGCAGAAGGCUGCCUCGGCCGACGAGGCAGUAGCUUGCCUGGAUCGGCUCCGG